GCGGGGCGCGGCCCUCUCUAGCGGCUCUGUGCUCCUCGCUGUGCUCCCGCCGUCCGCCGCCAUGCUGGCCUGCCGCGGUCCGGUCCUGCGCGCCGCCCUGCGCCCGGCAGCGCCCUGCGGCCUCGCCUCCUUCCACUGCUCCGCUCACCGCUGCCGGCCUGCCCGUGUCGCUGUGGUCCUGUCUGGUUGUGGUGUCUAUGAUGGCACAGAAAUCCAUGAAGCCUCAGCCAUACUGGUACACCUUAGUCGUGGGGGAGCUGAGGUUCAGAUGUACGCUCCAGAUGUUCCUCAGAUGCAUGUUAUCGACCACAGUAAAGGACAACCAGCUGAAGCUGAGUCCAGGAAUGUAUUAGUGGAAUCUGCAAGGAUUGCUCGGGGUAAAAUUGCAAGCCUGGCUAAGCUUACUACGGCAGACCAUGAUGCUGUGAUAUUCCCUGGUGGAUUUGGAGCUGCUAAAAACUUAUCUACCUUUGCUGUUGAUGGGAAAGAUUGCAAGGUGAACAAAGAAGUUGAACGUGUCUUGAAAGAUUUCCACAAAGCAGGGAAACCUAUUGGUCUUUGCUGCAUUUCACCAGUGUUGGCAGCAAAGGUUCUCUCUGGUGCUGAAGUAACUGUGGGCCAUGAAGAAGAGGAAGGUGGCAAGUGGCCUUAUGCUGGGACUGCAGGAGCCAUUAAAGAACUGGGAGGAAAGCACUGUGUGAAAGAAGUGACUGAAGCUCAUGUGGAUACAAAAAACAAGGUGGUGACUACCCCAGCAUUUAUGUGUGAAACAGAGUUACAUAAAAUCUUCGAUGGCAUUGGGGCCAUGGUAAAGGAUGUGCUAAAAUUAACAGGCAAAUGAAGAAACCCAGACCGUACAUCUUUAAGAGUAGAGUUUAGUAUCAAAUACAGUAUGGACCAAUGGAAACAUUUUCACCUGCUUGUCCUGUUCACGCUCUAGUGAAUGCUGAUAUGAAGCUGAUUGAUUCCCAGCCUUGAGGUUUUCCAUGUCCUUUCUGAAAGGGGCCUGCAGAGAGAAAGCUUUAACAGAAUGCAAGCUGAGUGGCCUGAGACACAAAGCAUUGCCUGGAGCUUUUUUGACUGGAGAAGGCUGUACAGAUUCUGAAACCAGCCCUGCUGAUGUACCACUGUCAUACCACUUCUAUGGAUGUGAACAAGAAACUAAAGACCCUUGGAGAAGCUGAGGGCAGCUGUGUUGAAGGGAUAUAGUGGAUGCAGUGGCAGUGUAUCUAGGUGAAUGAAGAAUGGAAGUCUGGAGGAAUUAGUGUGUGGUUCAUUUAUGUGCACAGGCCUGUAUUUGUGAACUAAAAGCUGGGGUCAGCUGUCAAGGGAAUCUUCCACAUACUAAGUAGGUUGGUGUUAAUAAAAAGAUCAGUGUUUAAGGUUUUCCUCUUUUCAUAAAAGAGACAUUCUUAAUAUUGAUCAGCAGCAGGACCUAUGUCUACUCUCCCAACACUAGCACUUGGAAAAAAUUAUCCAUUGGCCCAUCAUAACUGAAAAAGUCUUUAAAUGGAGGGAAAAUACCUGCUGCUGAGACGCACAAUUUUUAAGGAUAAUACCCAUGUUGAAAUAGUUGCAUGACUAGCAGUGGAUGGAAAAAACAGUCUCAACUUAGCCUUACUUUUCCUGCUUUAGAAUAAUAAAGCUUUCUCCAAAGAAUUGUUACUGAAUGUCUGGAAUAAUGAUGUAUAAAUAAAUUAAUUUCUGCCUUUA